GAGCUUGUGAUUUCCUUUCGCACUCAUCUACAACCACGGCUAAACACCCACAAAAUAACACGCUAAAACUUUACCAAUCCCAUUUUUUGCUUUUGUUUGGCUUGUCAUGCAAUCAUGAUGUAGUUUUGACUCUCUCACAGUUACUGUUACGCCUCUUUAGGUGUGCGCAUCACUUAAUAGAAGUAUGUGGACUGGACAGGAUGCUACUUCGUGUUAGCAUACCAUAACAGGAAAUUAUCUCGUUAGCAUCGUCAGAUGUUAUGAACCUUCUUUCCUCGGCUUCUUACUAAUGCUCGACCUCAGUAGCAUUUUCAUCAUGGACUCUGAGGGGAUUGUCAUCCGAAUAAAGACUCCGUUAGGGGACAUGGAUUCUUCUGUUGACUCUCCAUCACUGCUUAACUUCACUGACUUGCUGGUUGCUAUCAGAGAUGUAAUGCCUGAAGCGACUGUCACUGCAUUUGAAUAUGAAGAUGAGGUUGGUGACAGAAUCACUGUGAGAAGUGACGAAGAGCUCAAAGCCAUGUUGUCAUAUUACUGCAGCACAAUGAAUGAACAACGGGUGAAUGGACAGCUUCCAGAGCCUCUACAGAUCUUUCCACGAGCCGGCAAGACUCCAGGGAUCCGGAACAUACAUGGCCUGAAGGUUAAUACAAGACCUAAUCCCGCCAAUGACUGUACACAUGGGGUAACAGAGCCAAUGGCCAACAACAGCUUGAAGAAAUCCUCUGCUGAGCUGAAGAGGAUAUUGACAACUGGUCAGAUAAACGCCCAGGAUAUCCAAUACCAAGAGCAACUUGGACAAGGAAAUGGAGGCACAGUCUACAAAGCUUAUCAUCUUCUCGGCAAGCGUGUUUUAGCUGUCAAGGUAAUUCCCCUUGACAUCACUGUGGAGUUACAGAAGCAGAUAAUGUCAGAGUUGGAAAUUCUCUACAAGUGUGACUCACCCUACAUCAUCACUUUCUUCAGUGCUUUUUUUGUGGAAAACAGGAUAUCCAUAUGCACAGAAUUUAUGGAUGGUGGAUCACUUGAUGUUUACAAAAGAAUUCCAGAGCAUGUUCUGGGAAGGAUUGCUGUGGCAGUAGUGAAAGGCCUAACCUAUCUGUGGAGCUUAAAGGUACUUCACAGAGAUGUCAAGCCCUCCAAUAUGCUGGUGAACACCCGGGGACAAGUCAAGCUAUGUGACUUUGGUGUCAGCACUCAGUUGGUGAAUUCUAUUGCUAAAACAUAUGUGGGAACAAAUGCAUACAUGGCUCCAGAGCGCAUAUCAGGGGAACAGUAUGGUAUCCAUGCAGAUGUCUGGAGUGUUGGUAUCUCUUUCAUGGAGCUGGCCCUCGGAAUGUUUCCAUAUCCGCAGAUUCAGAAAAACCAAGGGUCUUUAAUGCCUCUUCAGUUACUGCAAUGCAUCGUUGAUGAGGAUCCUCCAGUUCUUCCAGCAGGACAGUUCAGCGAGACGUUUGUUCACUUCAUAACUCAGUGUAUGAGAAGACAACCGAAAGAGAGACCUGCACCAAAUAACCUAAUGGAUCAUUCCUUCAUCGUGCAAUACAACGAUGGAAAUGCAGAGGUGGUGUCCAUGUGGGUUUGUCGCUGUUUGGAAGAGAGGCGAACACAGCAGGCCCAAGGUCAUAACGUGCGCCUUGAUGGCCCAUGACAUUUUGAGUCAAGUCCCUGUCUACAGCAAGUCUUCAAAGUCGUGUACUGAAUGUCCAUUUGGCUUAACAGACUAGGUUGUCAGUCACCAGAUGUUCGAGCAUUUGUGUGUCACUUUUUGUGCAGUGACAGGAGCUCAUAUUUUUUGAACUACCUUCUUAAGCUUUGCAUUCAUUAUGAACAACCUUUCAGCACUGGUCGUCUUCUCGGCUCACACUGAAUGAACGAAGAUGGAAAAGUGAUCGGUAAACGGAACAUAAACAUUUCAGAUAGCAAUAUGCCGAGUGUGAUUGCGAUUUUGGCACCCUGCUAGUGAAUCUUAAGGUGUUUGCCUGUGACUAACUGCAGUGUGUGCUCCUCUUCCCAGUGGUAUCAUUUAUCGCUUCAGCAGCCAUAGCUUGUCUCUGCCACAGCAAUAUUUCAUGGCAAAAUAUACAAAUUUAUUACAGACUUAGUAGAAUAUCAGCCCACGGGUAUCCGAAACUCCUUGUUAGUGACAGGAAUCGGUGUGUUAAACUUUUUCAGCUCCAGACCUAAAUUGCAAAUUUUGCUGCACCUUGUGAAAAACUUUUAAAAUAUAGCACCUACACUAUUUACCUACCUAUUUAGUACAUAACCUAAACUAUUGAUAAACAACUUGAAAGACAAUAAUUUAUCCAAGUAGCACAACUCUGCCCUUUGCCCGGAAUAUACAGGUAGUCCCCGGGUUACGACGCACCCCACUUAUGUGAACUCGACUUUACGACGCUGUAGUCUUGCCCUCCGUGUUUUGUUUUGGGUUUUUUUGGUAUCAUAAUGUUGACUUUUGUAUUGUGAUGCAUGUCUUUCUUUUACCGCAGGUAGUACUUUCACACGCGAGUAAGAGUGCAUGUACACACGAAGAAGAACGUAUUUGCGCACACGAAGAAGAGCGCAUUUGCUCCCAAGAAGUUGCGUAGUAGUUUUGUAGUGUUUAUUGUGUGUUUUCAAUUGUGGUUAAAUAUUUGGGGCGAGUUUAUGUGAUUGUUUAUGAUGAUGUGCGGAUGCUAACUGAUACAUGCUAAUAAUUUGUGUGGAUUGUUAUUGCUGUAUAACAGCUAGUUAUAAACGCAAAUUUGAAUUGCUGUUAUUGAAGAUGAAACUGAUUUGAUUUCAUUUUUAUUUUAGUUUCAUUCUUCGAGUGUUGAUGUCAUGAGCAGCUGAAUAAAGUCAGCAAACCACACAAAGGUCUGACAUCGUCAUUUCAGACCUUAGCCCACUGUCUACCUAGGAAUUAAGUCUGAGUUAUGCUUCUGCGUUGCGGUGACGGCUUAUCGACUAUGAUGUCAAUGAGCAUUCGAUAGUUAUGCUGCAAGGGAACGCGUUAGUCUGCAAUUACCACCAAGCCACUAGAGGGGUGUGGCGUUGUGUUUGUAUGGUUUUGGGAGACUUGUCGACUUCCUCUAGUUUUCCGGUUUCCCAACAAUGCCAACGGAGAUGGAACGCUUGAAUGUGGUACUUCAUCUCAUCAACAUUGAACAACAAAUGUUGAUCAUACAAAUUUUGAGGCGUAGGCAACGCAGAAGACUGUUGCGGAGGUGGUCGUUAGCGGAAGAAUGUUUGUAAAUGGCGGUGAUUUCGAGCUGAACCGGAAACAACAGUAUGAACGGACCAAUCACAGUCCAUUUGCGUCACGUCACCGUGCGUUGAUGCGACUCGUAGUCAGCAUUUUGUGGAGCUGCACGUCAGAGGAUCGUAAAUCGGGUCUGCCUUGACGGCGUAGGUCUGCCACAGAAGCAUAACUCAGCCCUUAGCUCCAACUUCUUGGCGAGGACAGUACAAUGACGUAUAAUACAUGUUUUUGGAUAGUUAUUUUGAGAUAUGGGGGGUAUUUAGGGAUAUUUAAAGGGUUCAUUCUUAUUAACACGGAAAUUCAGGUUUCGUUGCCAGCAUAGGAACGGAACUCGUUCAUAACCUGGGGACUACCUGUGCUGUAUGUACUUGCUUGACAAUCAAAAAAUAGCUUUUUACUCUGACAAUCAUUGCCCAAAUAAAAACUUAACUCAUUGGAUACGUUUACAUAGGUCCAAAAAUCGUAUUUAUAAUCCGAUUGCAGGGCCAAUACGAAUAAAAAUGUCUCAUAUAAACACCUUAGCCAAACGGAUUCAACCGGAUCGGAUUGUGUUUUGGGUCGGAAUGUAAGUGGUAGUCUACGCUGAUUGAUAAUCCGCUCCAUGCCCCAUGUAAACUGCUGAGUGGCGCGGAUUGGGUUGAUAGAGUGGAUUGUUCGGUCUGCGCAUACGCUCCUACUAAGAAAGCGCCUGCGAGUGAAGUAAUGUGCAUGUCAAAAAGAACAAUCUGAUUCAGAUGCAAUGCAAAUGCGGAUUGAGAGUGAAUCUUUCCACUUAAACAUCAUGUAUACAGAUCAAAUCCUAUUCACUUAAUAUGAUUGAUUACAAUUGGGCUCGAGACUGAUCUCAAAGUACAUCGAAAGAGAAUGUUCCAGGCAUGUUUUAAGAACGACAUAAUUGUAAAAACAAAGGGUUCUCUUAUAACUUAAUGUCUGUCAUUCACUGUGAUAUAGCCAAACCAUUUAAACUAGGAGGGUAUGCAGUAAAUAAUUGUAACUGCCACUGAGGGCAGUAGAAGUCCAGAUCAUUUCGAUAUUAAAAUGGAUUGGUCACCCAUUGUUGUCCACAGCAGCCAAUUGGUUAAAUUAGCCAACUUCUUAAGAUGUACAAAGACCUGCUAGAUAUGAAAUACAAUGAUGAUAAAGACAAAUCUCUACACCCAUUUUUUGCUUAAAAUAGCAGGCUUGAAGUAGAAAAAAGAAACUGACCAUUCGAGACACUUCCUACCUUCAGAUCACAGCUUGAGGUGACGUAAAUUGAUAACGUGGCCGUUGUACAAUGAGCUGAAUAACGUACUGGGUGAGGAACCCAGCUUUCGGCCUCUGCAACUGCUUGACAGUUCAGUCGAUUCCUGUGUGGGUCACUUUUUCUGAGAGUAUCAUGUGAUGUGUCUUUUUAUUAAUCUUCUCCAUAUGUGUGUCACUUUAGGGCAGUUAUGUACAGAAAAUAAAAAUGGUGGUAUUUACAGCUACACAAAAAGAUUGGGUUUGACCCCCCUAAAAAAUGGAUUUGUGCAUUAGACCUGCAGUCUGAUCAUAGCCAGAUUGUCCUGUGAUGCAGCUUUACUGGGAAAAUAAAGGUUGUAAUAUGAUCAUGAAUACUGUUAUAACCGAUACUUUUUUUUUUUCAUCAGUUUCAUGCUAUAUUUUACUUUGUACUCGGAUUUAAAUUUCUGUUUUGCAUCAGUUUCAUGAUAUAUUUUAUUUUGUACUCGGAUUUAAAUUUCUGUUUUGACAUAGCAAUUAUAAAAAUUACAAUGUUUAUCAUUUGCCCCAAAAAUAUAAACCAGGUAUGAUGUACAGUUUGGCUUGAACUGUUAAUUGCAUUUUAUUGAACCUAAACAGCCAUGUGUUUUUUCCUUCUUUAUUAUGCAUAUUUUGGCUGGUGCUACUUAUACUCCGAAGUGAGUUAUAGCCCAAAAAAUACUGUACUUGUAAGAAAAAUAUUUAUAUAAUUAUACAGUAUAUACAACAUUUAGCCUUAUCAAAAACAUGAAACAAGCAUACAAGGGUAUGUAAAUUGGUGGUUAGAUUUUAAAAAAAUGACCAAAACUGUCACACAAGUUCAAGGUAAUGACCUCAUAAUGCCUUCACUCAUUGGCUGACAUUUGGACACCUUGGCAUGGAGUCACCUAAAGUUGUAAGCGACUUGCUGGCUGAAAUUCUCCUUUAAUUUGCAUUUUGUAAUUAAUCUGAGUCAACCUUUACUUAUGAAUAUGGAAAAAGGUAGUUAAACUGUAA